GAACGGAGACGGCCUCCCGAGCACUGCGGGUUUAGAAGCGGUGGCGAAGGCGGCCCGCGCCGUGGACCGCGGGCCUCGCGGCUGAUAGGCCCGGGGGUACACGGCUCUGACACCGUCACCUCCACGCCUCUCGCUGAGCCUGUCGGUGCAGCUGGGGCUGCCGCCACCCAUCCGCCUUCAAGGUGUCCGGUCCCGGGUGACGGCCCCCUCUCCGGAGGCCCGGGCCCCAUCAUUUGUUUGGGUCUUUUGUGUGGUGGAGCACCGUUGGCCAAGCACUCCUGCGCUGAAUCGGGCCAUUGUCUGCGAGCCCAUCGCCUUCACGCGGCGAGCCUCGGCGCCCCCACCCUGCCAGCCCCUCCCGGCCGGGGGCCUCCGAACGUGCCUCCCCACACCCCCGCCCGAGGAAUCUGGAAGCUGUAAACCGGGUGGAUUUCAAAUGAAGUGGAAUGCAUUGUGGGACGUGUGUAAAACCCGAGCCUUCGCCGUGGGGGUGGGGGGGGGCGUUGGGAGGGCCGGACCCGCCGCUGGCGGUGUAGACGCCGAGGACGACGAGGGUCUGGGAAAAUGCGCGCAGAGUCCUCCCGGGUCGUGCCCGCCGUAGACGGAUGAAGCUGCGCGCUGUGCCCCGGCGCUGAGGGUCCCGCGAUCGGGGCAGCAGGUCGCCCUCCCCACCAUGAAGAAGACCAGGAGCACAACCUUGCGGCGAGCCUGGCCUAGCUCGGAUUUCUCGGACCGGGCCUCCGACCGCAUGAGGUCCCGCAGCGAGAAGGACUACCGCCUGCACAAGCGCUUCCCCGCGGCCUUCGCGCCCCAGGCUUCGCGCGGCUACAUGACAUCAGGUGAUGUAUCACCAAUCAGUAUGUCUCCCAUCAGUCAGUCUCAAUUUAUUCCACUUGGGGAAAUUCUUUGCUUGGCCAUCUCAGCAAUGAACUCUGCAAGAAAGCCUGUCACCCAAGAAGCACUGAUGGAACACCUGACAACAUGUUUCCCAGGUGUUCCAACUCCAAGCCAAGAAAUUCUGCGGCACACACUAAACACACUGGUACGAGAGAGGAAGAUCUAUCCGACCCCAGAUGGCUAUUUCAUUGUGACUCCGCAGACUUAUUUCAUAACUCCUUCCCUCAUAAGAACUAACAGCAAGUGGUACCACUUGGAUGAGAGGAUACCUGACAGGUCUCAGUGUACCUCUCCACAACCUGGAACCAUAACACCCUCUGCCUCAGGCUGUGUCAGGGAACGGACAUUGCCCAGAAACCACUGCGACUCUUGCCACUGCUGCCGGGAAGACAUGCAUAGCAUGCAUGCCUCCACUUUGCAGAGGAAACCUGCCAAGGACUGCAAAGACCCUUAUUGCCCUCCUUCACUAUGCCAGGUGCCACCCACUGAAAAGAGCAAAAGUACUGUAAACUUUUCUUACAAGACAGAAACUCUCUCAAAACCUAAAGAUGGUGAAAAGCAGUCAAAAAAAUUUGGCCUUAAGUUAUUCCGGCUGAGUUUUAAGAAAGACAAGACCAAACAACUGGCCAAUUUUUCUGCUCAGUUUCCUCCUGAGGAAUGGCCCCUGCGAGAUGAGGACACACCGACAACUAUCCCUCGGGAAGUGGAGAUGGAAAUCAUACGGCGUAUUAACCCAGACUUGACCGUGGAAAAUGUCAUGAGGCAUACUGCUCUAAUGAAGAAACUUGAAGAAGAAAAAGCUCAUCGGAGUAAAGCAGGAUCCUCUGCCCACCACAGUGGAAGGAGUAAAAAGAGUAGGACUCAUCGGAAGUCCCACGGGAAGUCUCGAUCACACAGCAAGACACGAGUAUCUAAAGGAGACCCUUCAGAUGGCUCUCAUCUGGACAUCCCUGGUGAAAGAGAGUAUGACUUUUGUGACCCUCUCACCAGGGCACCCAGGGAAGGCUGUUUCAUCAUUGAACACAAAGGAGAUAACUUCAUCAUGCAUAGCAGCACAAACGUAAUUGAGGCCCACUUUCCCAUGACGCCAGAAUGGGAUGUAUCUGGUGAACUGGCCAAAAGGAGAACUGAGAUGCCUUUUCCCGAACCUUCCAGGGGAAGUUCCCACUCAAAAGUGCACCGAAGCCACAGCCAUACCCAGGACCGAAGGUCUAGAAAUGAGAGAUCCAGCAAAGCCAAGGAAAGAUCUAGGUCCAUGGAUAAUUCUAAAGGUCCACUGGGCGCCUCUUCUCUAGGGACACCUGAAGACCUGGCUGAAGGCUGUAGCCAAGAUGACCAGACUCCCAGCCAGUCCUAUAUUGAUGAUAGUACUUUAAGGCCUACACAGACUCUUGGUCAUCAAAGGGCUCACAUUUCAUCCAUAAGCUACAAAGAGGUGUGCAUUCCAGAAAUAUUAGGUAGCAGCAAGGAACCUUCUACUGCAUGUAGUCUUUUGGAGCCAGGCAAACCCCCUGAGAGUUUGCCAUCCUACAACGAACUCAACUCCUGCCCCACAAAAACAGCUACAGAUGACUAUUUCCAGUGUAACACUUCUAGUGAGACUGUGCUCACUGCACCAUCACCUUUGGGAAAGAAUAAGGAAAACCAUGACACACUUACUCUGGUGGAAGGAGUAAAAAAGCUAUCUUCAUCUGAGAGACAAACUCCUCAUUCAUCCAGGGAGCCUACUGGACACAAGGAAGAAUCACCAAAAGGGCCAGGUGGGGGUCCUGCUGCCUCCAGUGGAGUGGCCGAGGGGAUUGCCAAUGGCCGCCUCAUUCAGCACCAUAGCACUGAGCCUAGCAGCUUGGAUAAAAGGAAAGAGAUAUUCAGCAAAGACACAUUAUUCAAGCCUCUUCACAAUACCUUGUCUGUAAACAGUUACCACAAAUCAAGCCUGUCCCUCCUCAAAACUCACCCAAAGACACCUGCUGAUGUGCUGCCAGGCCGAUGUGAGAAACUGGAAACUCCCCUGGGGACAUCAGUGGCACAAGCCAUACCUGCUUCCCAGCGGCAGCAGGAGUCUGGAGGGAACCAGGAGGCCUCUUUUGACUAUUACAAUGUCUCUGAUGAUGAUGACUCUGAAGAUGGGGCCAACAAGCACACAGAGGAGGAGAAAAAUAGAGAUGAUGUGGGCACCAUGCAAUGGCUCCUGGAAAGGGAGAAGGAGAGAGACUUACAGAGGAAAUUUGAGAAAAACCUUACCCUCCUUACCCCAAAAGAAACUGAUAGCAGCAGCAACCAGAGAGCCACCCACUCAGCACGGUUGGACAGCAUGGACAGUAGCAGUAUCACUGUGGACAGUGGAUUCAACUCCCCACGUACUCGGGAGAGCCUGGCUUCGAACACAUCAAGCAUUGUUGAAAGUAACCGCCGUCAGAAUCCUGCUUUGAGUCCGGCCCAUGGUGGAGCUGGCUCAGCCUUCAACUUCCGCGCAAGUACGGAUCCCCCAGCAAAUGAAGCUGAGAAAUUACAGAAACCGUCCAACUGCUUACAAGCUUCUGUUACUAGUGUGUGAUUGUCCUUCUGCCUCAGAUCUGUCUCAUUUGAUAUAGCAAAGUUUACGACACUGGGACUGAUGUUUACAUCUUUGGAAAGACAAGCAUCUCAAAUGCAGUUUGGGGAUUUCCUUGAACUGUGUGAAGUAGGCUAGGGCAAAUAUAUAUCUUUAUUUCAGAGUAUUGCUUUUCACAUUUCUGGCUCUGUAGCAACCGAAUAGCAGUAGGGGUGAUGUGUAUACUUUGCUUCACUAACUGUAUCUGAGCACACAUAGGAAAGUCUAGACACUGUAAGUGGAAUAAGCAUUUUCAAUGUCAUUCAGUUGCCAAUUCCAUUUUAAAUGCCACAGAUGUGUGUUACUUCCAGUCUGUGGUUAAAUGGGGCCACAGAACUGAUCCUUAAUAAUUAAAAAAAAAGGAAAAACAUAAUAAAUCCAAGCCACUACAAAACGUCAAAUCCAAGGGUGUACCCCUUGAGUGAAAUCAAUGCCCAACUGACCAGAAGGAACCCCACCCCUUUGUUUGCUGAUCAUUUAUGCACCAGUCAUCUUUCACUGUGAGUUUCCAUGACACUGUUUUGCAGGAGCCAAUGGAAGUGUAUCAGAAGGGAUCACGAUGGAAAUGCUGGGAGUGUUUGUUUUCAGGAUUAUAUUUUCUAGUGAACUAGAUGCUUGUCUUGAUCUGUAACCUUCCAUAAUCAUAAACAGGAACAUAGGCCUUUGAAUCUGAAGUGAGCAAAGGAAGGGAAGUCCCAGUUUGGCUGGGACACAGCACUAAGUGAUAGAAGAGGCAAUGUGGACUUUUAGAAGGAAUUAAUCAGAUAUUGAAGGAAGAUGACUUCCUCUCUGAUCCUAUGAUGAUCUGUCUUCUAUAAUAUAUACAAUAAUUAGUUUGUUUCAAAGCAAAAUGUUCUUUGUGAUACAAAUGAAGAGUAUGGCCUGAGGAUGUUAUUCUUUCUAAUGGAAGGACGUAAAUCUAUUUUAUGUAGUUUUAAAUAGAAUGCCUAAAUUAGGCUGUGAGAGAUAAUUUUUAGUGGUUAUAGGAAAGAGCAAAUUUAGGGAGAGUUGAACUUCAGGCCUUUUAUUCCUGGGAAGAUAUCUAUAGAAACCUUUUAAAGUAAUUUUGGUUAGAAAUAUACAUGGGCCCAUGUAAUAACAGAAUGUCUUCAUUCUGCUAGUGUGGUAUAACCAUAAUUUUUACUCCCCUAAAAUUUAUCAGAAUAACAAUUAUGCAGACAUGAACUAUGCCAGAGUAAUGUUUACAAAUACUUUGUAACUAAUUUCAGGAGGCAAUCUUUUAGGUGGAUCUGUAGUCAGAAGCCCAACUUAUUUCAAAAUGGUUUGCUCACAUUCUGGUUUGGUUUAUAAUAUCAUAUUGGAUACAAAGAAAGGUUCAGUGGCAAAGGGUCUACAAGCAAUUAGGCUUCAAUCCUAUAGGAAAAACAAUGGAACAAUGGAAUAUACUUGUAUUACAAAACUUUUUCAGAAGGAUUAUACCCGUCCAAGUAAGUGGUUUUUCAUAUUUUUUUAUUUAAGUUAAUAGCAUCUGUUUUUGGAGAUAAAUACCAUAAAGAAUAAUUCAAAUACUCAAAUAGGCUCUAAAAACCUAAAAUUUUUUAUCUAGAAUUUCAGUGACUGGCAUAAAAUUUGUGAGACUUCUUUUCUCAUGUUGUUUAAUCACUACCAAUCUGCCUAAUGAAUGCAGGCCCAUAUGUGGUCAGAAAUACACGAAUACUCUCCUACUUUAUUUGGAAGUUGCAUUGGGUCAAACUGGAUGCCUCAAGUUUGGUAUAAAUUCUUGUAUGCUAACCAUAGUGAAACUUAAGUCCAUUUCUUUGUAUACUGCCACACCACUGAAACGCUUAAGCCAGUUGGCUUUCAAUCUCAUGCCUUAUUUCCUCCAAGGCAUGCCUUGAUUGCUCAGAAACCCAUGGUUUGCCUCAUUGAUCAAGUAUGUCUAGGAAGAAUAAUAACAUACCUAGUGGACUACAUCAUUUGUUUUCUUGGGGAGUUGUACACCACAUGACUGGUAACUUUGCUGUCUAAAUUUUUUUUCAAAAACUUGCUCUCAAAUUCUUAUCACACUCAGUUCAUAAAUAAUACAGCCAUUUAAAUAAUGCAUCAUCCCUCCCGUUGGACCUCUGAAAGUAGCCAUUGAAAUAAUCAAAUACUGUGUGAACAGGAAAAGAAAUCAUUACCAUUAAGAGGAGCUUUAAAAUACAAAUUUUUGGUAGUUCACAACAAAAAGGUUUACAAAAGAUGUUACUCAAAUCAAAUGUGUACCCUGUUUGCCUGAUACUGUGGGAUAUAGGAUAUUAAAAAAAAAAAAAAAACCUCCCUUAGACCAUCAGCCAUUAACAUAGAAAUAAUUGACUUCCAACCUGAUAUUUCAUGUAAACAGACGUUCUAUAUAGAAAUACUCUUGUCUGUGUAUGCUAUGGAUUCUGGAAUGGUAGUGGGAUGUGCAUGAUAAAUGUGACAUAUGAUGAAUGCACAUGUCUGAGAUGGUCUCACCAAGAAGGUUAGACCAUUUGAUGCCCCAAACUUUGGCUCUCUGGAUGUGUUGCCAAUAUUCUUUUCCUCCAGUGGAACCAUAUCUUUGUGCUACAUGACUGCUUGUCUAGUCUUCAACAACUGAAAGGUUUACAAAAUUGAAUCUGGUUGAAUCUCUGUGAGGCAUUCAACUUUAAAGGGUCAACACAUCUGUCGGCAUUUUGCACACUUAUAUAUUAUGAUACAGCAUAUUACUUUAUGGUAAUUUUUAUUUUUACAUAUAACUACCUCCAUGAAUUUGAAGAAAUGGCAGCAGUGUGUUAAAGUGUAUUGUUAGAAAAGCAGCAUUUAAAGCAUGCCUUGACAUUAGGCUAUGGCAAUCCGUGUGUGUGUGUCAGUGAAAUGCCCAUGUGGAUUCAUGACUUUUUUGUUGCCAUGGUUUUCUUCCCCAGCAUUCCGUGGCUUUCAGCUGUAAACCACCUUCUUCUCAUUUUCCCAUGAAAGCACAUUUGAUUCUAGUCACAAAUGAACAAAAGAUUUGAAAUUCUUGUCUUCCCUCCUACCCUUCUUCAUUCCUGUUAAAGUUCUCUUUGGCAAAGAGCCACUUGGUAAACAUAAUUUGGCAAGCUAUUUACUUCUAUAGAAAUAUGAUUGGAUUGCUAGGUUUUUCAGUAACGGAAGACAUGUAAGAAAUUUGGACUGCCAACUUGAAGCACUUUGAGCCUCUCUGCCUUUAUAGCAUGCUACCCUGUGGAGCCCAACCUCACUUUCAUUCAAAGAGCUGUGCUGUGCAUUCAGGAUUCUGUUAAGUCAUUUGUAUUCCAUUUGAUAUACUUUGCACAUCUCAGGGGAACUUAAUGAGCUUAUGAAAGGGGGUGCACCCAAUAGAGAAAGCAAAUAGAAGAGCUAAAAGGGGUCUAGCUGGAUAAAAUAACAAAUUUUUGCUUCUCUGAUGUUGGAGAGCUCAAGUUCAGGAAGCAUAAAUUGAAAGUGAGUCUGAAGUAACAAUAAUUUGAACACCAGCUGUUCAAAAAUGGCUCUUUUUUCAUAACCCAAUCGGUAUUUCAAAAGUGCACAUUUGAAUUCUGUCAUUAUCAUCCUCAAGAGAAGGAAUGUGUUCCAUAGAACAGAUAACAUCAGCUUUGUAAGUUCUACCCAGAACAAACCAUUUGUCAUCACAAAGUGUACUUGAAAAUAAAGUUUUUUAACUUAAAAGAUAGACAUAUUUCUCACAAUACAAUGGAAAUCAUUGUUGAGAAGUCUUGCCUUUCAUAUAGACAGCAUUCAGAACUUGAUUUAAAAUGCAACAAUUGACAAUGUUACACAGUUCAUUUGGAGAUCUCAAAGUGCUUCUAAAAUAUUAUAUUUACUGACAAUUAACACAGGUCAUAUUUGUAACACCGUUACUUGAAAAGAUUAAAAAAAAAAUGUGUCUCAAAAUAACCCAAAAAUAUAGUGGCAGCUAUCAAUGACAUAUUUUCUAGCUGUUUGAUAGACCACUAUGAGAAAUCAUGAAUCAAUACUAUUUUUCUGAUGGGUUCUAAUAAAGUCAAAGUAAACAAAUCCAACUAGACACCUUUGUCCAUUUUAUUCAAAAAGCUCAAGAUGUUUGCAGUCUUACACCUCAGCACACCUUGCUAAAAUUGAAUUGUGAAAUGGGAGAUGAAUAAGUCCAUACCAAGGCCAUUGUAGUCCAUGGAUAAUCCAGAUGCCUAUCCUUGUUUACAGUUCAUUUGGGGUUUCUAAUUCCUGUGCUAAAAAAAUCACAUCUUCAGGAGCAUGACUGCUCUGGGCAGUGGAAGAUGCUGAAACAACUUUUAAUUUAAAAAAUACUCUAUCAAAUAGACUUCUAAUGCUCAGCUGCGCAGUAACAAUUCAAUCAGACACAUCAAGCCCUGCUCUGGAGAAUCUGGAUGUCCAAGGUCACAAAUUCAGUUCUAACUGCUUUCUCAAAUUAGGAAGUAUGAGAUCCAUUGCAGGUGCCUUCUGGAUUCUACAGACCAGUCUCUUCCAUCAAGCAGUGUAGCAUUAGACCACAGUAGACCCAAGGAAAAGUGAUUGCUUCCUCCCUUGGCCCAUCCCCCUGCUCACUGUCAAAGCCACCCAGCACUCUUUGUGAGAGAGGGAACCUUCUGAACAUUUUAGGGUUUGGGUGAGCUAGAAUGCAGGGGAAAACAUGAAUGUAAAAGCCAUGGGAGGCAGUAUUUUCUUUGGUUUUAGUAAGAUAUGGGCAGGAAAGGGCUAUUGGUUUGAGGUUUGCCAAGUAAGAUAAAAGAAUUAGCUGUCACCCCAUCCUUCUCCAAGGUUUUACAGUAUUAAGGAUACAUCCACUCUUUUCCCAUAGGUUUUUGCUAAGAGACAUUACAUAAAUUAUACAUAUGGAAAAACUUCAUGAUUAAGCUUCCUCAUGUUUUGAAAACGGCGCUGGCAUCUCCCUGAUCAAUUGAAUCCCCAUGGCUUUUGCAGCAGCAUCACAGAGAGACUCCCCAGUGAUCAGUGAUCGCUCUUACAGUUGUUCUAGGACUUACAGUUAAUGAAUUGCAAGAUUCAGAAUUCUAAAAAGCUCCAAAGGAAACUAAACCUUAUUAUGAUUGUAUAUGGUCAGCUAUAGGGCUUUAAUUGCUAACUGUUGAUUUCACAUGUGAACAUGCAUAUACAAUACCAAUAGGUUAAAAAAAAAGGCAGCAGUGGUUAUGCAAGGGUAGAAAUAGGUUAGAGCUGGAUUAUUCCACAUGCAGCUGCCUAACUCCCUGUGUAAAGGCUGACCUUGGUACAACCAUUCCCUUGCUCCCGCCAGAAAGAGGUACCAAGUCAGAGACCUCAGCUUUCCUCCAAUACCAAUCUUUGCCAGUCCAGGAAAAAAAUCAUGCACUGCACUCAGCAGCUCCCAACCCUUCCUUUCUUGUGAAGACCACCCUGUAUGCCUCCUUCCCACCUCUCCCCAGCUGGAUACCUACACCGCCACCCUUCCACACUGGAAGAGUAGAGUACUGUGCAGUGCUGUGCACACAUACAUAUGGUUUGGUUAGGAGUAGAGCUGCCCGAGUCUCCUUCAUGUAAGUACCAACAGCUACAAAUCAAAGUCCUUAGAGCAGUGAUCUGGACACUACCUGGAAGAAAAAUAGAUUUAAGCAACAAAGUUUAAUUCUGCGGGUAUCUUUCUCUGAGUGACUGAAUGUGACUAUGUAAAUGAAUAAGAAAAGCAAGUGGGAUUUACUGUGUUAGAAAGGAGUUUUGCAGCCAAGACUGCCUUGAAUAAAAUGUGUUUGCACUGAAAAAAAAAAUUAAAUUACUUGGUCUCUGGUUGCUGUAAAGGUCAUCCAAGAUGGAUGUUCUGUUUAUAUUGUAUAGUAUUUCAUAUGAAAUAGCAACAGUUCAUGAGAUGUCUUCCCUAAUGUUACUGAUUUCUAACAGCACAUUUGUAAUAUGGUUUUUAUUGUGUCAGUGUACCAUAUUGUAAAUGAUGAUUACUUGUCAUGCUUAGUAUAAUAACUUAAAAGAAAAAAAUGACAGGGAUUUUUGUAAGUCUAUAUUUGAAAGUCCCUCCAUAUGGUAAUAUUGUGUUCAUGUUGUUUAUGUAGUGUUGUGUGAAAUAUCCAUUUUGGAUUGUGUUACUUUUUAAGAUAUUAAAUAACAUUUGGUUAUA